CGCCGCUUCCUCGGUGUGGAGGUCUCAGCGCCGUGCAAAGGACACGAACCCGGCGGUACUACACAUGAGCUUCAAGGUUGACGAGGACUGGGAGGAGUGGACGCCGGAGAAGGGCUCGUUUGUACACCACAUGAUCGCAGGAUCCGCGGCGGGUGUCGUUGAGCACUGCUCCAUCUUUCCUAUUGACACCAUCAAGACACACAUGCAGUGCCAACGAUGUGCGCUGAAUCCCGGUGCGGUGCAUAUGGGUGCGUUUCAAACAGCCUCCAAACUCCUUGCGCAAGACGGCUGGCCGCGUCUGUUUCGCGGAGUCAGCACGAUGCUCGGGGCAAGUUUGCCCGCCCAUGCUCUAUAUUUUUCCGUGUUUGAGUCGUGCAAAGAGAAAUUUGGCGCCGACUCGUCCGAGCACACGCCCAUUCAAUCCGGGGCUGCGGGCGUGAUUGCGACCAUUUCGCAUGACUUGGUCAUGACCCCUAUGGAUGUUGUCAAGCAGCGCCUGCAAUUGGGGUAUUACUCUGGCGUUCUGAACUGCAUUAAGACGAUGUUGCGCACGGAGGGGGUGCGAUCGCUAUACAUCAGUUUCCCGACCACGUUCUUCAUGAACUUACCUUACAGCAUGAUCAUGGUGUCGACCAACGAAACAAUGAAAAAGCUCCUCAACCCGUCCGGCGACAUCAACGUGAGCGCGUAUGUUCUGUCUGGGGCGAUCGCUGGUGCAGUGGCCGGGGCCAUUACGAACCCGCUCGAUGUGACCAAGACGCGACUGCAGACGCAGAUGCUGUCCCUCGAAGGCACGCUGACGUGUGGAGGGAGAGAGGUCGGUGGCCCCAAACCGUGCGACAAGUUGAAAGCAACAAAACCGACCUUGCAAUACCGAGGAUUUCUCGACGCAUUUGGCCAGAUUUACAAACAAGAAGGGGUCGCCGGAUUCUUCCGCGGCGUCGGACCUCGUGUGUGCGUCCACGCUCCGUCCGUUGCGAUCUCGUGGACUACGUUUGAAGUGCUGAAAAAACUUUUGGGGGACUGACACGAUAUCGUCUGGCCAUUGCCACCGAAACGGUGGGCAUAGUGAGCAUCCAGUGGGUGCAUGCGAUAGACAGAGCAAGGGAAGUUUUUUUUCUAAUUUUGAAGUGUGAAUCAUGCAAGUGGGGACA